AGCGUGUCGGACUAUCGUCCAUACGGAGCGGAGUCGGUGCGAGACGAUGCAACCGCGAUGCAACCGCGAAAAUGGCAACCGGUUCGCGCGACGAGCAUUAUCCGCGACAAUAUUUUUACGAGUGGAAAUAUUCGUUUAAGAAACUAAAUAAUUACGUUGCACGAAAUAACGAUAAUUACAAGAUAAGCACGCGCGAUCGUAAAAGACCGACCGCGUAAUUCUGUACCGAGUGUGUCUCAACCGCAAUAUGGAUGUCAACCGGGAACAAUGAAGAAUUCCAAUGGCGUGGUGGGAAACGGUAACGUGGAUGUCACAGGCCCGAACGAAACCACCACGUUGAGACCCAAGCUGGAGACCUUCGACGAUAUUCUACCGUGCGUCGGCGAUUUCGGCAGAUACCAAUGGCUGCUUUUACUGGCACUGCUGCCUUACAGCGUGGCUUAUUCGACUCUGUAUUUCUCGCAAUUUUUCCUCACCCUGGUACCGCAGGAGCACUGGUGCAGGAUAAACGAACUGGUGUCUUCGAAUCUUACACAAGACCAAAGAGUAGAGAUCGGAAUUCCAAAGUCUCCGAAUUAUCCGUAUUACGAUCGAUGCCAUCGAAAGGACUUGGACUUUUCUCUCGUGUCAAGUCACACGAAGGAGAUUCGCUCGAGCGACUGGAAAACGAACAAAACCGUGAGCUGUAGCCAAUGGGAAUACAAUUUCACGCAGAUUCCUUACGCCAGCAUAGCGGCUGAGCUAGAUUGGGUAUGCGACCAAGAAUACCUCAUCUCGACGGCACAGUCGAUCUUCUUCUGCGGCUCGGUCGUCGGCGGUUUUCUCUUCGGCUGGAUCGCCGAUCACAAGGGACGAAUUCCCGCACUGAUACUAUGCAACGGCGUCGCUCUGCUCGCGUCGAUCGCGACCGCGAGCGCGAACACAUUUUGGUCUUUCGCCGUCUGCAGAUUUCUCACCGGUCUCGCCUUUGACAAUUGCAUUAACAUUCCGCUGAUUAUCGUGGUCGAAUACAUGGCUGUGAACCGACGAACCCUCGUCGUCAAUGUCGCUUUCGGCGUGUACUUCGCGGUCGGAAGUACAAUUUUGCCAUGGAUCGCGUAUUACGUGGCAAACUGGAGAUUCUUCGCGUACCUGACAGCGGUUCCGAUGAUGAGCGUGUUCGUAACACCGUGGAUUCUUCCCGAAAGCGCUCGAUGGUUCGUCGCCAACGGCAAAAUAGACAAAGUGGUGCAGAAACUACGGCGAAUAGCGAAGAUCAACAAGAGAAGUCCCGACGCGCGUAUCUACGAAAUCUUUGUCCAAAAUUUAACCGCAUCCAACGGUCAAACGGAAAGCGCGACUAUUUUUGAUCUUCUGAAAACACCGCGUUUAGCAAAAAACGCCAUUCUGAUGAUCUUCUUCUGGUCCUUGACGGUGAUAGCCUUCGACGGUCACGUAUACUCUCUCAAACUUAUCCCGAGCUCGGUAUUCGUGUCCUUCUCUCUUGCCUGCGCGACCGAAUUGCCGGCCGGAUUAUUGCUGACGUUGCUGCUGGACCGCUGGGGUCGCAGAUUUUGCGGAUUUAUCACUCUGGCUAUGACCAGCCUCUUCAGCUUCGCCGAAUUGCUGUUGCAGUCAAUCGCAGCGAAACUAACGAUGUCGGUGCUGUCGCGAUUUUGCCUGAAUAUGGCGGCCAACGUGGGUCUUCAGUAUGCCGCUGAAUUACUGCCGACGCCCAUCAGAACGCAAGGCGUUUCGUUGAUCCAUAUUUUCGGCAUAGUCGCUCAUUCCGUUGCACCCUACGUCGUAGACAGCGCUAAGAUCUGGGACGGAUUGCCGAUGAUGAUCAUCAGCAUGGUCGCCAUCGUGGGCGCUACAUUAAUAUUGUUCCUGCCGGAGACGCUCGGCCGCGAUCUUCCGCAAACUCUACAUCAGGGAGAGGAGUUCGGCAAGGAUCAGAAAUUCUGGACGCUGCCUUGCUGCGACGGCUCGUACCCGAGUCGGCAUCGACAUUAUCAUACGCGCGAGAUAUAGUCCGUCAAUUUUAUUACGUAAUUUUAUUCCCAAUAACGUAAGAGCGCCACGAGGACGGGAUCGUUUAAUCGGGAAGUGUUUAGUGGCACGUACUAACUCUGUUUGUCUCAGUAACUGUACUGUUCUUUUUAUCUCACUCAAUAAAAAUUACAGAGGUCAAAUUAA